GUUGUAGAAGAAAACACCAGAAGAAUCGUCUCUCUGUCUGGUCCAUUGUACGACUUGCACGCAGAGGCAAGACUCGCAGCCAGGAUUAUAUAAGACAAUGAGUGGUGCGCAACUGCAAAGUGCUUCCCCUGCCUUGACCAUACAAGGGUCACAGAAAAAUGUAGGUUCGGUGGCUGUGGCAACUGCUGCAGAAUCAAAGCCAAAGAAGAAAAUCUGCUGUGCUUGCCCAGACACUAAAAGGUUGCGAGAUGAAUGCAUAGUAGAGCAUGGUGAAUCAGCCUGUACAAAAUGGAUUGAGGCUCAUCGACUGUGCCUCCGUGCUGAGGGAUUCAAUGUUUGAGGUUGAUAGUGAGGAAAAGACAUUAGUAGAUUAACUCAGUUGAUUUUAUGAAAUUGAUAGAAGAUUUUGGGUUGCAAUUUUCAGGUUGACAGUUUAAAUUUUGAAUAAAAGCUGGGAAAUUGAUUGCUACGUAAUUUGUUACCUUUUAACUUUUUAAACCAGCAGGUUCUACACUGUUAGUUUUGUUGAGACUGAAAUAUUUAAAUGAAAUUACAAAUUGUCAUAUUGUCACU